AUGCCCGACGCACCGACCUCCACUUCUUCGCCACCCAAAGGUCUGACCUCAUCACCUAGUAUCUUUGCAUACCAGACCCGCCUCCUCGACCGCACGGCCGCCCCAGCUGGUCCUGCUCGCUCAUCACCGCAUUCCUCGCUCUCCUCGUUGGCGGAUGCCUCACCGCCAAGUACGCCUAUCAGGCGGAAUGUGGCCAAAAUGGCGGCAGGAAUGGACGGUCUGAGCGGAGCGGACCUCGGCCGGAGUCCGUCAAAGAUGGGCGGGAAGGGACAUGGGGCGGGAAAGUCAGUGGAUCUGGUCAGAGGGCAAUGGGAGGCCAAAAUCAGCGAUUCGGUCGGCAGUCCGGCCGCAGACAGGACCCCGAGAGCGCUCAAGCGGAGUACAUUCAUGUCGCCCCCGACCACGUCGUCGGCCAGCUUCUCGGCGGAACCGGCGUCGGUGCUACCGAGUAAGACGGCUGUCGAGCCUGCGCGCCGCUUCUCGGUACCCAUACCUCCCCCGGAAGCACAGACACCGAAUAAUGGGGUGCGCUCGGACCUCCUCACUUCUCGGAAUGGUCGCCAGACCACUCUACCCACACCAGUCUCCAUAUCGUCCGACCCUGCUUCUACAGCUGACCCCGUUCCACCCUCUCCAGCUCUAUCGAACGCCUCCUCCCGCAUGCGCCCCGCUUCGGUUUCGUCAUACACCUCCAUCCUCUCCCCAACUUCCACAGGAAGCAGCGCCGCCUCGUCCGGCCGCUCGCAGGCCAUGGAGGACACCCUAGCAGCUGCUCGUGCAAACGCACUGAAGCGGCUCGAGGCGAGGAAGAAGGCCCAGGCGGCUGCGUCGGGGUCGGACGUAUCGGACGGUGAUGCUCCAACCGAGGAGAAUACCACGAUCAAGGCAUCCCCCGCCCCGCCCGUAGAGGUCAUUACGACUCCGUCGACUCCUCAGCGCGCACCUGUAGAGGUCAAGCGGGGCUCUCCGUUCGACCACCUCUUCACUCCUCCUUCUGCGUCCGACUUUGACUCUUCGGCCACAGAGGAAACGCCCAAAUCUCGCUCAACAGGUCGCGGCGCUCCUCCGUCCUCCUUCUCGGGAUCUGGACGGCAUGUCCCUUCGGGCCUCUCUGCUGGUCCAAGUGGCCCCGGGCUGGGCGGGAAGGACAAGUACGGCUCCAUCAGCCGGACCGACCACCGCCGACUCGGGCGCCAUCUGCCUCGUAUAGCGUCAGGCGGGGAGGGGUGGGACGGAGAGCCUUCCGCUCACGCCCGAGAGCCUUCAGCUCGGCGCAUACCGUCCACGCUUGGUCGAGCGCCGGUGCCUGACCUUCCUGCCUCGCCGACCAGGGACCGGACGCCCAUCAGCAAACCCAUCAGCAAGAAGAAGUCCGUCGAGGUCCUUACUCCGUCUGUCCAGGACAAUCAGGUCGUCCCGCCUAGUCCGACAACGUCGACUACGCCGGGCAAGCGAAGAUCAGCUUACAUGGCGAGUAUAUCCAAGGAAAAGAUUGGAAGUGUACUGCAGAGUCCGAGGCAUGAAGUGCAGGGCGCGGAUAUGAAGGGGUUGAUGAAUGCUGUGGGGUCACUGCCUGCUCGAGGGGCGAGCAAGGACGACAGUGAAGGUGUCACAGGCAUGUCGAAUCGUCUACGACUCUCUCGUGCUGUCCUCCCUCCCUCGGCAUCCUCCGCUUCCGUCGCGCCCGCCCCAUUACCUUCUCGCCGGCUUGUCCAAAGCAACUGGAUGGACCGUCGCCGACACGAUCUCGCAGCGUACGAGUACCUCUGUCACGUCGGAGAGGCGCUCCAGUGGAUCGAAGGGUGCCUAGAUGAGGAAGUAGGGUUUGGGGUGGUGGAGAUGGAAGAAGGGUUGCAGGAUGGGGUGGUAUUAGCGAAAUUGGCGAGGUGCUUUAUGGGGGAUCAGGUGGUCAGGUCGAUCUGGACGGAAAGCAAACAUCGAUACAAGCAAACCGACAAUAUCAACCAUUUCCUGAAAUUCGUCAGGUCAGUCGGCAUGCCUGAGACAUUCACGUUCGAGCUGACAGAUUUAUACAACAAGAAGAACAUUCCGAAGGUCAUCUUCUGCCUGCAUGUCUUGAGUCACUUGCUUGCCCGACUUGGGCGGGCAGAGCGGAUCGGGAAUCUGGUCGGCCAAUUCGAAUUCACCGAUGAACAGCUGGCGAUGACUCAGAAAGGGCUGCAGGGGGUCGCUAUGCCCAAUUUCGGGGAUGCGAAGGCGACGCUGGCGAAAGAGGCGAGCUGGGAGCCAGAGGAGCCAGAGGAAACUGAGGAUGAGAUACGGGAUCGUCGAUUGCUCGAGUGCGAAGCGCCUAUCCGCUCGCUCCAGCGCCACCUCCGCGGCCGACUCGCCCGACAACAAGUCUCGCGUAUCCAUACCCAGCUGGAACUCGCCGAACCUAUCGUUGUCCGCUUCCAAGCCCGGGCACGGGCAGCUCUGUGCCGUCGGUCUCUGCUUUCCGAGCACGAAGAGCGGAUCAAGCUCGGAAGCUGGGCGACUCGGCUCCAGGCCGCGUCUCGCUCGAACCUCGCCGGAAGGCGGUACCAGCAAAAGACGCAGCAGAUCCACCUUGCUGAGCGGUACGUGACCGGUAUCCAGGCGCACGCGAGGGGCAUGCUGGUUCGAUCUCGGAAAGGCAAGGAGGCGAACAAUUUGGACGCAGCGCGGCGGAGUAUCGUCUCGGUACAGGCAUUGGCAAGGGGCAAGAUUGCUCGCCAGGCGAUGAAGGCUGUCAAGGGAUCGGGAACGCGUCCGGAGAUCGCCCAGUCGGUGACGUCGCUCCAGGCGGUUCUCCGCGGUCGACUCCAUCGCCAAGCAGAGGCCAAGCGGAUGGCAGUACUCGACUCGCAAGCCGUCACUUUUACGUCUCUGCAGAGCCAUCUGCGGGGCGCGCUGGUCCGUCGGACUCGCAAGGCGGAGGAGCAAAAGAUGGACGAUGCGUCGGACGUCAUUGUCGCUAUUCAGGCGGUAUGCCGGGGUGUGCUCUGUCGGCGGAAGAAGCAGGCCUUGGUCAAGGCUGUCCAGAUCGCCAUGCCCUCGGUCUCCAGCCUGCAGGCUUAUGCCCGCGGUCGGCUCGCCAAGCAGAACCACCAGACCAUGCAAAAGGCGCUGGCCAAGGUCGAAGUGGCCGGUUCUGUCGGCGGACUCCAAGCUUUCCUUCGGACCAAACUCGCCAAGCGGUCGACAGAGGAGCAAAAGAAGAAGCUGGAGUUUGUCUCUCCGGAUGUCAUCGGGUUCCAGGCGCAAGCGAGAGGCUACCUCGCCCGGCAAGACCACAACGAGUGGCGCGAGUACCUACACGACCCGCACACCCAGGGCGCGCUCGUCUUCCUCCAAUCGCUCAUCCGGGGGUUCCUCUGUCGACGGGAGUUCUGGCUCCGGUCCGGCCACUACCACUAUAAUCAGGACAAGAUUGUCAAGAUCCAGUCGCUCUGGCGCGGCCGGGUCCAACGGCGGAUGUACGACACCCUCCUCACUGGCGUAGACGUCGAUGUACCCGCGAUCCAAAACUACAUGCACCUCCUCAACGACACGGAGUCGGAUUUCAACGACCAGAUGCGGACCGAGACACUUCGGCGCGAAGUCGUCGAGCUCGUCCGGGAGAAUCAGGCGCUAGAGACCGAGGUACAGGACCUGGAGACCAAGAUUGCUCUCAUCGUCAAGAAUAAAAUGACGUUUGAGGAGUUGGCGCGCGCAAAGCGGAGACAGGGGAAUCUGGAGGGCAAGAAUGACUCGUUUGUCAUUUCGGGAAAUCAUGAUCCGUUCUCUGGGGCGCAUCUCGACCGGGCGAGCCAGCGGAAACUGGAGCUGUUUGAGCAUCUGUUCUUCACGCUGCAAACGAAACCGGAUUACCUGGCGAGGUUGAUCCGAGCGAUGGAGCGAGGAGAGGAUGAGCGGGAGGGAAGAAUCGUGGAGGGGGUGGUUUUGACGCUAUUUGGGUUUGGGCAUGAGAGGCGGGAAGAGUAUCUGUUUAACAAGCUCGCUCAGCUCUCAACACAUACUGAAGUCCUUCUGUCCAAAUCCAUCCCACAUCUUGUCGAUACCCGCUUCUUCCUCCAGCCGCUCACGACUGCGUGCCUCAAGCCUGCCCUCGCGCCGUUCCUGCAGCAGAUCCUCACUAUGCACGUUAUGCGAGUGAGCGAGGCGGUGGAGCUGGACUUGAGUACGGAUCCCCUCGAGAUCUACCGCCGCCUGAUCAACGAGGAGGAAUCCCGGACCGGCGUCCCGUCAGCAAAGCCCCGCGAUAGGGAUGCCGACCAGGUGUUGCAGACCGACGCGGACGCCCGGGCGCACUAUAUCCGACACCUGCAGGAAUUGCGCUUCUUGACUGCCGAGCUGCUGAAGACGCUGUACUCGUGCACGAUGGGCCUGCCGUAUACGGUUCGGUAUUUGGCGAGGGAGGCGCUUCUGGCCUUACGAGUCAAGUACCCUGACGCCCUCGACGAAGACCUCACGCCCGCCGUGGCACGCACCUUCAUCCUCCCAUUCAUUCUACCUGCCCUCAUCGCUCCCGAAUCGUGGGCCAUCACGGACCAACCUAUCGGGCCUAACGAACGGCGAAACCUCGCCGCCAUCGCCAAUCUUGUCGGGUUCAUUGCGUAUCCCGAUGCGGACGCCGCUGGGCCAUUCACCAAGCCUGGAGAUCGGUUCAUUAGGGUGCCGUUACAGGAAUACAUCCGGACGGAGAGCGCUAUGUUCAGGGAUUGGGUCAUGGAUGUGGCUAGUGUCGAACCGCUCGAGUCGUACUUUGAAGCACAUGAGCUUUUCGAGUCUACGCAUGAGGCCAAGCCGAUCUUGAUUACCCGGAAGGAAAUUUAUGGGAUGUUGAGCAUUUUGAUGAAGAACAUCCCUGUCAUUACCGGAAACAAGCCGAAAGAUCCUUUAGCUGUUGUGCUUGAGGAGCUUGAGGGUCCGCCUAUCGAGUACGAUGUCAAGUCUACCGUCAGCUUGCGCUUGACAAACAGGCUCGGCGAGUUGGAAUCUGGCGAGGCUGAAGCCAUCAUCAAGGAAGACUGGGUCCAGGCAAAGCGGCACGUCCUCGCUGUUCUCCGCGUCCAAUCCGGGCGGACGCUCUACGACGUCCUCCUCGCCCGGCUGGAUGAAGCCGACGAACAGCGCUGGCUCGAAGUGGUCUACCACGAUAUGGCGGUCGAGCAGGCCCGCGCGGCCAAGCGGGGCGCACCCCAAAACCCAGCGGAAGCAGGCUAUCAAAUCGAGUCGAUCCGCUCCCUGGCCUUCCGCGAGGUCAAGCUCCGUGCAGUCGAGUUCUGCCUCAAGCUCGAAAAGGUCGGCAGAAUCAGCAAGCAUGAUGCCUACCAGGGCCUGCUCGUGUCGAUCGCGUCGGAUAUUCGGCAGAAGCAUCAUCUCCGGAAGAUGCUGCGGCAGUCGUUGGCGGCGAUGAUCAAGGCGCAUGAGGAUAUGACGGUCAAGAAGAUUGGGUUUGAGGAGAGUAUCAAGAGUUAUCAUACGUUUAUCGACUCGAGUAUGGCGAAUCUGCAGAAGGGGAAGAAGAGGCCGAUCUUUAUGAGCAAGCAAUAUCGACAUCAGAAGGGCGAGGAGAGGAUGGGCAAGCGGGCGCAGUUCGGGUCGUACAAGUACACCGCGCACGACUUGCACGAGAAGGGUAUCCUGCUCGGUAUCAGCCAAUUCUCACCCCGCCAAUACGACAAGAUCCACAUCAUCAUGGCCUCGAACGAAGUCGGUGUCUUCUCGCUGGAAAUGACGGCGCCUCAAUCGCAGUUCGCAGAACCGACGAUCGGGCACGAGGAGGUCCGGAUGGAAGAUCUGCUACAGGCGCAAUUCGACAAUGAGCUCAAUUUGCUGUUGUUUGAUGGGAUGGCGACGUUUAGUAUCAAUAUGCUCAUUCAUCAGAUCAAUAGAAAGUUUUAUUCGACUUAG